AUGGAGGCUAGCGAGGGACCAACGAUAGAAGUUGGGAGCUUGCAACUUGCUGCCGAGGAUGGCAAUGCUGGGCCAACGCAUGACCCGGCCCCGUGUUCUGGGCAGUCGGCGUUUCUCGAGUUCGCCUCCGUUGCAGUGGCCAACGGACCACAACUGCCGACCACAGCGCCUGGGCCACCGCCUGUACAUGCAACGCCUUAUCGCUUCAGCGCACCUUUGUCUCACCAAACGACCACCUCGCGUGUCGAGGGAUCGCCACGGAUGGUGCGGUCAGUCGGCCAGCCAGCAGCUGGAUCAACCACCUCUCCCGUUUCUGUGCAGCACUCCACCCCAAGUACGAGGCUCGCUGCUCCGUCCCGACAGGUUGACGUGUCUGAGUACUUGGAGCCCGAGAUCGACGAGACGGUCAACGAUAUGGUCACAAGACUCGGCCAAAGCAGCACCGUUGGUGUUAGCGCAAUGGAGGAUCCAAGUAGGCUGGACGACCGAGUCAAUCUGACAUCGAAGUUUCCCUCAACUUUCUUAGUGACCUCGAGGCGUUUGAGCUCGUGCGACUUGCACACCUUUCUCCACCUUCGUCAAUCAUCCGCCAUCCUUUUCACGGCCAUCCUCACUGCCGCAGCCAAGUUCUUUCGACCUGAACUGCAUGGCCCUUUACUCACUCAUGCUCAGACGAUUCUAAAUCGCGCAAUCACAAUUGGCACAUGCGAUACCGGUAUCGUCCAGGCACUUCUGAUCCUGGUAUACUGGAAGGCGCCGACGGACAGGUCCGCAUGGGUCAAGAUUGGCAUCGCGAUACGACUUGGUUACCAAAUGCGUUGGAAUGUACUGCCUGACAGGCCACUUCCAGAAGAUGAGCACGAGGCGCGAAUGAUUCUUAGACAGGCUGACGGUAAGGCUUGGCCUGCUUUGAUCAAGUUUUCCGAAGGGCUUCCAGACAGCGACCAAAAGUUCCUAUCCUGGUUCAACAUGAAUGCGAUGCUCAAGCCUCACUUUUUGCGGAUCCACCGAGUAGCAGAGGACGGCUCACUGCUGCUGCUCCAGGACAUUGCGUCAUGUAUGGUCACCACCUGGGCACACACUGUCUUUGAGUUAUUCUUGUAUCUUUCUCAGAGCCAGAAACUCCUGGUUAUCAACAUGGCCAAACGUAUCUACCAGCUCUGCACGGAUGAGGCGAAAGGAAAUGACCAGGCAGCCCCAAUGUACGUGGCACGUUAUGUCCAGCGCGUCCUUAGGGCAUUCAGUGUGCGGUCAGGUGCUGGGUCCCCGACACAGUCUCCGAAUGAGGACGGCGCGGCUCAGGGAGCCGAUCAAGUUAUGUGCGAGCUGGACGACUUCCUGCUGUCGAUCCUGCCAAACACUUCUGGGCCCUUGGAUCAACAGUACUGGGAAUCGCUGUUCUCGUCGCAACCGUUUGGGCUGGGUUCGACUUGA